AUGACACAAACUAAAGAGUUUGGUAUAUUUGGAAUAAAAAGGUGAAUUUUUGCUCUUGGCAGCUUCUGCUGUGUGAAGCUCUUGUGCUUGCUAGAUGAAGGGGUGUGUACCUGUUGGGCCGUGGGAGGGUGGUAUUAUCCAUGUUUACAACGCCUUUCAAAAACCAGAAUCCCAAAACUUGUAAAUUAAAUGCAUGGAUUAAAACCUUGUCUGUGAUACACCAAAGCAGUUGUGAUAAAAGAAGAAAUAGCCUUGUUGCACUGCAGUUACAACUCUCUGUGUUGCCCCUUGUAUUUCCACCUGACCCCUGUUUUUCAUAUUUAUGCAUCAUUCCCCUGAAUCCUGUGUAUCUUCAGGGCUAAGAGUUGGUUUUGCACCCUGACUCCAGAACCUGUGAUGCCCUGUAAGCUUGUGAUGAUGUAGCAUCUGCAUCCUUUCUCCAGAUGGAGGAAGGGCAGUUGUUUCUGUUGUAGUUGUUUUAAAGUGGCUAUUUAAAUACGAAUUCAGGACAACAAGGCCAGUUUGAUGAUAUGCAAGUGCUUGUGGUGAAAGCUGGUGUUAGGGUGGUUUAUUUUAAGGUAACAGAUGAGUGUUGUGCCCUGGGAGGAGCUGAGUGUAGGAUCCUGGGUGGGCUCUGGAGGAGCAGGUUGCUGUGGCAGCGAUGGUGAAGGCAGGUUCCUGGAACCAGCAAGAAACUCCAUCCCAGGCUGGGAUCCCUCUGCUGCCAUGUGACCGCCUGUGCAAAGCCGAGGGAGUCUGCGGGUGGGAUGGGAAGGAUCUGGACAUGUCUGCAGGUGGUCUGCAGUCUGCCAGGGCAGGUCUGGCUGCUCUCAGAGGUGCACAGUAGCCAUGCCCCCGGCACAUGUUCCGCUCUCGCUGGCUCCCUGCUGAUGCCAAGGUAAACGCAAAGCGCUGAAGUUAAAUUUUGCAAAUCCACCUUUCAAGUCCACAGCAAGAUUUACUCUAAACACUUCUGGAGUUCCUUUCCAAAAUCCACACAUAGAGAGACUGAGAACACACAGCAUUGAAUCAUCAGGAAAAUUGAAGAUUUCCCCUGAACAACAUUGGGAUUUUACAGCAGAGGACUUGAAAGACCUUGGAGAAAUUGGACGAGGCGCUUAUGGUUCUGUCAACAAAAUGGUCCACAAACCAAGUGGGCAAAUUAUGGCAGUUAAAAGAAUUCGGUCGACAGUGGAUGAAAAAGAACAGAAGCAGCUUCUGAUGGACCUUGAUGUAGUAAUGCGAAGCAGUGACUGCCCGUAUAUUGUUCAGUUUUAUGGCGCACUCUUCAGAGAGGGUGACUGUUGGAUCUGUAUGGAGCUCAUGUCUACCUCGUUUGAUAAGUUUUACAAAUAUGUAUAUAGUGUAUUAGAUGAUGUUAUUCCAGAAGAAAUCCUAGGCAAAAUCACUUUAGCUACUGUGAAAGCACUAAACCACUUAAAAGAAAACUUGAAAAUCAUUCACAGAGACAUCAAACCUUCCAAUAUUCUUCUGGACAGAAAUGGAAACAUUAAACUCUGUGACUUUGGCAUUAGCGGGCAGCUUGUGGACUCCAUUGCCAAAACACGGGAUGCAGGGUGCCGGCCGUACAUGGCGCCUGAAAGGAUAGAUCCCAGCGCAUCCAGGCAAGGCUAUGAUGUCCGCUCAGAUGUCUGGAGCUUGGGAAUUACAUUGUAUGAGCUGGCCACAGGGCGAUUCCCCUACCCCAAGUGGAACAGUGUGUUUGACCAGUUGACACAAGUAGUAAAAGGAGACCCACCGCAGCUGAGUAACUCAGAGGAAAGGGAGUUCUCCCCAAGUUUCAUCAACUUCGUCAACUUGUGCCUUACAAAGGACGAGUCCAAAAGGCCAAAGUAUAAAGAGCUUCUGAAACAUCCCUUCAUCCUGAUGUAUGAGGAACGCACAGUGGAUGUUGCAUGCUAUGUUUGUAAAAUCCUGGAUCAAAUGCCAGCAACUCCCAGCUCUCCAAUGUACGUCGAUUGAUAUUGCUGCUACAUCAAACUCUAGAAAAAGGGCUGAGAGAAAACAAGCUGUAAAGAAUUUUCAUCACAUAUUGCAGUGUUUUUAAUGCUCGCCCAGACACCAUGUGCAAUAAUAUUGGUGUUAUUUCCAUCCUGUCUGUAUACUGUUGUCACAUAUAAAGUGCAUCCCUGUAAUAUCUGAUCACACAGUGUUAGUGUUGGUCAAAGAGAGACCUCAUCUUGCUCUUUUGUGGACAUAUUCAUGAAAUGUGGAAAUAAGUACAUUUAUUGUUGACCGUGAUUGGAUAGCACCUAAAAUUCAUUUCUGACUCAAAACUUGGAGACUUCUCAGCAGCUACUGGAAAGAUUUUUCUCUCAAACUCUUCCAAUUGUUGUUUCAAGUAAUAAUAAAAAGCAAACAAACAAAAGUUAGGCGUUGUCUGUCUAAACAUUAAGAGACUUUGCCUGGAGGGAGAAGAACUUGCUUAACCAACGAGAUGCUUUGCCUUCUGGAGCUAGAAAGGCAAAGGAGAAUUUUAUUCUUCACAAAGUGCAAUAGAUUUACUGCUAUGAAAUUCUGUUGCUUUACAGUCGCAGUGUACUUUCUGGGGACAGUGUGCUCAGCUGAACUUCCUGUUAAAGAGAGAUCAUGUUAAAUAUAGUGAAUAUGUCUUUACCAAAAAUAUGUUGCGUUGAAAGAGGCUAACAUUAAACUAUUCAGAGAUGGGACAUAAUGUAUUCUUUCUCCUUUUACCAAGCCAGCCACUCUUCACUCUUAACUAGGUGUCCUGUAAAUUGUUACCUGGUAAGAUAAGACCUUUGACCUGAAGAAUUAUUAAACUACUCGAUUGAAUUUAA